UUCAAACAAACGAUGCGAUAUUGCAUCUGCGUACAUACUUGAGCAAGCAAACAUUUAGUGUGCACGCGUGCGUUGGCAUUUCCGUUCCUGUUGAUUGCGAGGAGAUGGAGUCCGAUUACAAUGAGGAUCGAAGUGGAUGGGGAGAUGAGAUGAAUCGGAGCACCGAUGAAUGUAGCGGAGAAGAUACUUUUGAGAAUCCCGAAGAAGUAUUGAAUGAAUGUCUGGAUAAGUUUAAAACACCAGACUACAUAAUGGAGCCUGGAAUCUUUGUGGAACUAAAAAGAUAUUUUCAAGCGGGAGGAAAUCCGGAACAAGUUAUAGAAUUGUUAUCAAAGAAUUAUACAGCUUGCGCACAAAUGGCAAAUUAUUUGGCAGAAUGGCUGAUCAUUGCCGGAGUAAAGGUCACUGAUGUGCAGGCAAUGGUGGAAAACAAUUUGAAGGACAUGAUUCUCAAGACUUUUGAUCCUAAGAAAGCGGAUAAGAUUUUCACGGAAGAGGGUGAGACGCCUUCCUGGUUGACAGAAAUGAUACAACACCCGACAUGGCGAUCGCUAAUUUAUAGGCUCGCGGAAGAGUUUCCAGAUUGCCUCAUGUUAAAUUUCACUAUUAAACUCAUAUCGGACGCCGGGUUUCAAGGUGAAAUCACGAGUAUUUCAACGGCGGCGCAACAGAUAGAAGUUUUCUCACGUGUGUUAAAAACCGCAAUUGCUGGAUUUCUUCAAAAUACAGAAAACUCGCAAUCAAGUAUACAAGAGUGUGCCAAAAUGGUGUGUCACGGUCAGCACACCUACGUGUACAGCCAAGUCCUGUUGCAGAUCCUUGCGCAGGAACCUCGCGGUGGGUUUAUGAUGAAAAGACUUUCUCAGGAAAUCACCAAGUGCGCUCAACAGAAUCGACACGAUGUUACCCCAAUAACAAUGGCCUUGAACGGUGCUUCCAGUAGUCCUGCGGCUUGUCAGGCACUGGCAUCUAUGUUAUCGAGAAAUACUUUAAAUCCCGCUGACAUUACCGUAUUAUAUAGAAAUUACUCUGCGCCAGAACCACCGCCUAUCGAGCUGUUGCGUAAUCCUCAAUUUUUAGAAUUACUGGUUGACGCACUUUUUAAGCCUGGUGUGAAGAUAAAUCCGGAACACAAAUCAAAAUACAUAUAUCUAUUAGCUUAUGCCGCAAGUGUGUGUGAAGUAGCUCCUAAGAAAGGUAAUACGCGCAAGAUCAAUAAGGACGAAUUGAAAAUAACGAUACAAGCGAUCGAGAAGGUGCACAACAUAUGUAACUUAAACAAAGGAUCUACCGAGCUAAUAGCAGAAUUACAAACUCUCUAUCAGAGCAUACGAUUUCCUGCUGUAAGCGUGGGAGUUAUACGAUGGGUGGAAUGUACCGUGACAGAACCGUCGUAUUUCAAAUUGUGUACGGAACACUGUCCUUUGCAUCUUGCUUUGUUGGACGAGGUCGUAGCGUGUCACCCUCUGUUGCACCCGAAAAUACUGAGACUGCUGGUGCAGUUGUUCGAAAGCAAGCAAGACGAACUGGAAAUACUUGUGCAGCUGGAAAUGAAAAAAAUGCUGAUCGACAGAAUGGUGAACUUGUUAAGCAGAGGUUGCGUGGUACCUGUUGUGUGUUAUAUUAAGCAAUGUUGGCAACGCGGAGAUACAGAUGUAUCUCUCAUCAGAUAUUUCGUCACUGAGGUGUUGGAUGCGAUAGCUCCUCCGUACACAGCCGAAUUUGUGCAAUUAUUUUUGCCAAUGGUGGAAAACGAAGAGAUUACCGGAUCUAUGCGAGGAGAGAGCGAGAACGAUUUAGUUUCAGAAUUUAUUGUACAUUGCAAGACACAGUACCCUGUUGUGAGAUGACGUUAUAAAACUUAAUUAUGGAUAGAUAAAAUCAAAAGAAUGAAAACAAACAACUCG